AUGUUGGGACACGCCCCGUAUCACUCCCAGCAGCCUCAGCAGGCGCAGCAGCCUCAGUCCGCCCCGCCCGCCACCAUCAGCCCCUCCGACGCCCAUGCUGUUUCCCAGCAGCACCCACCUCCGCCCCAGCCACAGCCCCCGGGCACCUUCCAGACCCUCCGUCUACGCGACGAGCCCCCGCCCGUGACCCACCAAACACCUGUCCGAUCUCGCAAGCGCAAGUCGCCAUCAUCAGCAAAUACAGAGCAGCAGCAGUCCAUCCAGCCGGGUCCCCCGCCCCAGGGGCCCCCACCACCAGGGAUGCAUCCCGCUCCACCACCAGGGAUGCACCCGCUCGCACCCCCGCACGGCAUGGUCCCACCACCCCAUCUCGGUGGCCCACCAAUGCCUCCGCAUGGCUACCAGUAUCCGCCGACCGACUACACCACAGGGGGUAUGCCCCCGCCCCCACCACAUCCACAGGGCCCACCCCCACCUCCACCACAGGAGGGGCAGCCCUCGUCUCCUUCUGCCUCCUCUGGGCGCACCCUCAGCCAGACAAAGCGCGCCGAGCAGAACAGAAAAGCUCAGCGCGCAUUUAGGGAGCGGAGAGACCAACACGUCAAGGCGCUCGAAUCGCGUUCCCAAUUGCUAGAUGCAGCGCUCGCGUCUGCGGACGAGGCGAACCGACGAUGGGAAGAGUGUCGUACGCUGGUGGACAGUCUCAGGAUUGAGAUCACGAGUCUCCGCGGGGCGCUAGGCGCGCUUCAAGACGAGAACGCGAAGCUACGUGCAGCGCUGGGCCAGCCGGUUCUCGAGCCAAACGGUGUUGAACCAUCCGCGACAAUCUCUGCACCCUCUCAGGAGCAUACACUUGUAAACAACAACUCUGAACAGAAUGGGAUACAGGAUGGCGGUGGAGGCGAGAAUGGAGGCGAGAAGGACUGA